ACCAACUCGGCAACUCGUCUGCUCCCCAGCGCGGAAAGCUCGUAGACCCUAGGGUUUCCCAUGGCGGCGGCGGCGAGGACUCCAAGCGGCCGGCGGCUCGUCUCCCUGGCCGUGCUCGCCGCGUUCCUGCUCGGCGCACUCUGGCUGGCGAGCGCCCUCCACGUCUCCAGGUCCCUGGAGCGCUUCCUCGCCGUGGAGUGCUCGGUGUGGGGCCACGAGGAGAGCUGCUUCGUCGCGAUCAGGUGGGCGGGCACCGCGGGCUUCGUCGCUCUGGCGUCCGCCGUCGCGCUGUCCUACGGGGAGGCCGCGCGCCGCCGUGAACAGGCCGGUGGAGCAAAGGGUGAGGACGAAGGCCCUCCUGGUCGCGAGCCGGAACGCGAUCGUGCCAGUGCUGUGACCAUUCACGCCAUUGCGCUUUACCAGAUCUACUUGAUGCCUGCUGUGCUCUUCAUUGUGGGCAAGGCGCUCAGCUACGCAGGCGCUCGGCGUCUCGUGAAGGACCCGGCUGAUCAGGAGGCUGCUCAUCUGUUCCAUACCGGUUCCAACAUCCACAAUGCCGCAUACCCGGCUCUGUCUGUUGUGCACUGCUGCUCCGUCAUUCCCUACAUGCUGCUGCGAUUGGUGUGGUUUGUGAGAGACAAUUGUGUGGGAUCGUCGCUGGUGGCAUGCGAUGCCCAAAUGUGAGGUGACCUUUUGAACUGGAUUUUCCAUGCUCAGAAGGAAGAUGAAAGACUGAUGGAUGUGCUCAGUGACAUGCAAAUGAAGACUUGCCCCAGGAUUACACGGCAUGAUUCCA